GCCACAUCUCAAAAGUAAACAACCUCAUUAAUUGGUCCCAAUUAUGGCAGUUCAUCCAUAAUGAAAACGAGCCAAACCAAAACGACACCGUCCACACAAUCGAAAAUGUCCCAGCUGCGGAACCUGUAUCUCUUCUCCUACAAUCUCUUUCAGUGCUUCGGAUGGGCUCUAUCACUCUUCAGAAUUCUGAGUAAUUUUUUGUCCACCAAAUCAGUUAAUGGCGCCUUUUCUGCUGUCGGUGAUUUAAUUUGUCUAUUGCAAUGUAUUGCAUUCUUGGAAGUUAUUCAUGGGGCUAUAGGAAUUGUUCCAAGUGGUGUUGUGCUUCCUCUGAUGCAAUGGGGCGGAAGGACUCAUUUUUUGCUCGCUGUUGUUCGUAAAAUACCCGAGGUCCAAGAAUUACCAUCGGUCUUCAUAACGUUUGUUGCUUGGAGCUUCUCCGAGGUGAUUAGAUAUUCGCAUUACGCGCUAAAUUGCAUCGGCACUCCUCCCAAUUGGAUCACUUUUAUCAGGUACAAUGCGUUCAUUGUCUUGUACCCUGUCGGAGUUUUUCCCGGUGAAAUGUGGCUAAUGUACCAAGCACUUCCGUAUAUAAAGAAGCAAAAUCUCUACGCAGAUAGCCUCCCGUUCAGCUAUUACACCUUUGUCACGGGUUUGCUCUUCUGCUAUCCAUUCUUGUGGAUGAAACUUUACCUUCAUUUAUUCAAGCAACGACGCUCGAAACUCGGUAAACAACAAAAGAAAAAGUCCAACUGAAAAUUGGAGUUCAUUCUCCCGUUAGUAUAUGUAUGGUAAGCCCGAAUCGAACUAAAAAAAAUAUGAAUAACAUGUGUGUUUUUUUCUUCGGCAAA